UAUGUACCUUGUGUAAUACCUAAUUUUGUUUCAAAUUAAUUAGGAAAUUAAGAUAAAAAGUAAUUUAUAAUCAUUAAUAAGAUCUUAAUUCAAUAUUCCUGGUCUACAAAAUUAGAAUAAUCAAUAAUAAGGACUUUUAAGAAACAAAAAUUGUAGUUCAUUCUCAUAUUUUUCAACUUAACAAUAAAAUGAUAACAUAGAAAAAUAAAUACAAAAUAAUAGCUCAAUUGAAUAGCAAGAUUUAAAUACUAUGA